AUGCUCAGCCUCUUGUCAUCAGAGGAGCAACCAGAUCUUGACUGCACACUUGCAAUAAUCAGAACAGGUGGAAAGAAGGCAAAUGCAUGGCUGAAGAAUAAACUGGAGAGCAACAGAUUUGGAUUGAAGGAAAUAUAUAGGCCAGUGAGUCUUAUUCCAGAGGAGAUUUGGAAAGCAUCUCCAAUGACAACAAAUGGCAAUGAGCAAGCACAUCGCAAUGUCAACUGUGAUGGCACAAAUCUCACCUUGCUUGGAGGAAUAAUGUGA